AUGGCGUCGGCUAGAAAAAUUAGAAAAGUAGACAAGGAGAAUCACAGGUUUAAUGAGGCAUGGACAAAUUUAUAUUUCUUCGUGGAAUCAAAUGCAAAAUGUCUCUGUCUGAUCUGUGGUGAAACAGUCGCAGUUCCAAAAGUUGAAAAUGUAAAACGGCAUUACACAUUAAAGCACACUUUGAAACAUAAUCGUUAUGAAGGAGAUCAACGCAAGGAGAAAGUACUUUUACUUCAAAGGAAUUUAGUCUCGCAACAGAAUAUUUUUCGGAAAAUAGAUGAUGGAUUGAAAAAAUAUGCCAAAGUAAGUUUCGUCAUUGCUGAAAAGAUUGCACAUAACAUGAAACCUUUUUCGGAAGGAGACUUUAUCAAAGAAUGUAUCACCUCAGCGAUUGAAAUUCUGUGCCCAGAGAAAGAGAAAGCUAUAAAAUGUGUUAGCUUGUUGCGUAAUACAAUAACCCGAAGGAUUGAAGAACUGGCCGAAAAUACAAAAAUGCAGUUGAAUGAACUUUGUAAAAACUUCGAAACUUACAGCAUUGCCAUCAACGAAUCUACUGACAUGACUGAUACACUACAACUGGCGAUUUUCAUAAACGCCAAAUUUUCUGGCAUUCUUUACUUUACCGAGAUCAGGUGGCUCAGCCAUGGACGUACUUUGAAAUGUUUUUACGAUAUUCAAGAAUAUGUGGCAGCAUUUCUUGAAGCAAAAGGAAAUUUAUGCAUCAAUUUUGAUGACGACAAAUGGAUGAAUGAUUUUUCCUUUCUGGUGGACAUUACACACAAGCUGAAUGAGUUGAAUGUGCAGUUACAAGGAAAAGAAAAACUCAUCCAUAAUUUGUUUGGGGAGGUGACAGCUUUCCAAAAGAAAAUGGAUUUGUGGAUUACUCAAAUUGCUGACAGCAAUUAUGCUCACUUUCCUUGCCUUCAGGAACAGCCGCACAUUUCAGCCAUAAAUUGGGAAUUCUUUGUGAGCGAGUUAAAACAGAUGCAGGAAGAAUUUGCCAGGAGAUUUAAGGAUUUCUGUGCUUGUGAAGACCAGCUGAAAACUUUUUCAAUGUCUUUUGACGUGGAUCCUGUUGAGCUUCAAAUGGAAUUGAAUGAAUUACAAAGUUACUUUGAUGUCAAGAGUCAGAUUUUAAAUAGGAAUCUGAUGGACUUCUACAAAUACGGUCUGCCUCACACUCAAUAUCCAUAUCUUACUUGCUACUCAAAAUGA